AACGCUCGCUGGAUUAACAUUUUUCGCCGCGCGUACGCUCGUCCCGUACGAUCCAGCUCACUACCGUAGGUGAGACCGCUCGACUCUGCCAAGGUUUGCGAGUGUAGUGGAAGAUCUCGCGCGCUCCACGCUCGCUCUCUCGCUCUCUCGCCUGCAUCUGAAUCCGUACCCUCUGGUGAAGGUGCACCGAUCCAUGGUGGCGGUGGUGUGUGGUGUGUUUAUGUUUUGAAUUCGCCAGUUCGACGACGUGAAUCUGACGUUGAUGUGUGCGGUUGGUUUUGCCUAUCCGCGAAGUGAAACUUUCAGUAAACAACGGUAAGCCCCCGGGCGGUUUGAUAAGGUGUUUAUGUGUUGAAAAGGACGAAAAAGCUGUACGUUGUGUGUGUGUGACUGUUGGGGCAGUGUUGUGUUUUUCUUCAAGCAACUGUCAGUGAAAUCUUUCUCCUGCAAAACCCUCUAAUGGCAGUUUGGUGUUGUUGAAUGCUGUAACCGAUUAAUAGACCGUACCGACUCAACCUUCUCGGAAUGACGCAUCCAUCUCUAUGACCUUCCCAAAAGUGUAACGUCUUUAGACAGUCGCUUAUCUCGUCGGUACAGAUUGCGUUGGGGGUACAUUUGGGGCAGAAGUAAAGUGGACUGAUUUUCGGACCCGGGGUCUCGCACCACAUUCCAACGGGAAGUGCUGAAACUCUGAACAACGUACACAAUAGUGAGAAUUCGAUUGAAAUCCCGCAGUCCCUCGCCAGUCCGAAUCCACUGUUCGAACUGUUCACCACUCCACGGGAAGUAAAACUGCCGUAGAGUACUUAAUUUUUGCAGUGUUUAGAGAGGCACUAAUCGACAACCCAUCAGCCACAACAAACAAUUGACUACGUGUAGAGCAUCAUCUUCCCGUCAUUACCUCCACGGCUCCACCCGACGAGCCGGUGUGCCACCCCCGGUGGGUUUGGUGUCUAUAAUUAGACGAAACUAAGGUGCAUCCACAGCCCCCGAGAUCGACGGUUGGUACGGCGGAACGCCAGCGCCCAGUGCGCUUCUCCGGCAGGUGGAUGCAAUAGAACCGUCGGAGCACGCUGCCUAGAAUGGAAUGCGCGCGUGUGUGUGUGCGUGUUUGAUGUGCUCUAGUAAAUUAGCUGAAUAGGCCCAGAACCUUACAAACCUACCGAGCGCGGGUCCCCGCUACCCACAUCUCGCGACACCAGAUGGAGUUCCGUUUCUGAGAUUCAACGUCCGUGUAAUGGUGUGUGGCUGUUUGUAGUUGACCGACGGUCGGUCGAUUUACUUUUCACACAACGCCAGAGGUUGGGCGGUCGUGCGUUGGGAAGAAGGAGGCUGCUGGACCUCUAUUAUUGUGUCCAAAACGGCAAACAAAAGCACUCUAAAGCCAUCGAAAUCGCAUCGCGUUCGGGAGGAUCAGUGUUUGGGAAGUGUUCCGUAGAUGCGGAGUUAGUAGUGUCGAGUGCGACCAGUCAGUGUAGUGACAGCAACCAUUCGGAAGUUCGAUCCGUCGAUGGAUUUUGAAGUUUUCGGGGAAGUUGCGACGUGAAGUGUGUGUUGCGCUGAGGAAUUGUCACUGACGUUCAGGUCUAGUGGUAAAAGAUGAUGCGGUACAGUACGGUGUGUUAUCAGCAGCCAGUUUGUUGCUGUUGCCAAUAGAGUGGUGCUACUUGACCACUUGUGUGGGGCUCGUUCGGUCGGUGUGACUGCAGUCAUUGCAUCAAGUACGAAAGCACAAAGCAUCCAAUAACUCUUCGCCAGUGUACGACGGAGGAAUAGUUCAAGACUCUCCGUUUCAUCUCAUCUCACAACGGCAGUAGGGUUUGAACCGGUCGGUACGUUUGAAGCCGUGUUGCCAGCGAUUAUCAAUCCCCAGCUUCAGACAGUGCCCCCAUCAGUGUGUGUUUGUGCGCGUCGGUUUGUUAUCAGUGAUCGAGUCUUAAUCGCGGAGGAACCGCCGUGCGGCCAAUGCGAGUGAGUUGCGGCUGCGGAAAAGUUUUGGGAAAGAAAAGCAGUGUGCUGCCCACAGAGGGCGUGUUAACAGUGAAAACUAGGAAGCCUACCGGAGUGUGUUGUUUUUCUCGAGUGUUUUUUGCUAGCGCGUUAGGGCCAAAGAGGGAGCCUCUUAACGAAUGUUUGAAUAAUACAUCUUGUGUUUGUGCCGGAAGGAAUACCCGGUUAAAGUGGGGGGAAAUAUUUCCGGUUCCGACACUGGAAGAAGCGUCAAGAAGUGUGUUGUACGUGCGUGUGUGUGUGUGUGUGUGUGAAGGUAAAGGUGGGAGUAAGUGUGUUGGGUGAAAACAAAUAUCCGGAAACUGGAUCGGUGAACUUCAAAGUUUGAGUGGAGUACACGGGAGUUUGUUCCACUUGCAGCAUCGGUUUCGCUGAACGUUUCGUCUAGGUGAAUCUUCCGGAAGUGUUUGGCAACAGUGACCGGCAGAUUUCUAACGCGCAGCAGCAUCACACUGCUGAAGCUAAACUUUUUUGGAAGGCGAUAUAUUGUACUGCGGGCGGAAUGCGCUCAGUGAACGUGGUGGAAAGUCGGUGAAAACAAGCGAAACACGGACCGGCGUACGAAAUCUUCCCCUCCCCCCUUCCCCCAGCCCAGACAGGGACAUAAUACGGAAUUAUGUUAAACUGUACCGAUCUUGCCUGCGUCCUGCAUCACCACCAUUUUUACGCUCAUCUGCAUCAUCUGAAGCACCACCUGCAAGAUGACCACGAUCAUCACCAUGGGCAUCACGGGCACGAGAGUCACGACCAUCACCAUGAAGCAGCCGCUGGAGAAGGGAGUGACGUAGACAAUGGCAAUAUACAGGACUUACUCAACGAUACUGAUUCGGAGCUUUCUUCUCUGUCCCAUCUUGAUGCUCCCAAUGAGGUGCUGUAUAUGAUAUGUGGAGUCGUCAUCGCCAUGGUCCUUGUGGGCCUCAUCAUAGUUUUAGUUGCAGUUACAAUCAGUAAGCUGAGAAAGCGGGAAGAGUCGUCGACGGUGAGCCCGGUGACGGCAAACAACGUGGAAGCGCCGCCCCACCACCAUCUACACCAUCACCACCAUCACCAUCCGCACCACCAGCUUCAUCACAACGGAACCAGCCAUCCGCAGCAGCAGAACCAUAGUAGCAGUAAUCACCAGCAUCAUCACCAGAACGGCAGUCCGGAAACUGGCUACUCCGUACCGACGCCGAUAGCCUUCCGGCAGAGUCCGUCUACUGUGUGGGUCUUUCCACCGUUACCACCGCAACCGAACAUCUACAACGCCAGUAGUCAGGAUGCGUUAGUACAUAACGAGAAGACUGGCUUCAAGGGACUGAAACGUCAGCUGUCCGGUCGGUUCAAGCGUCUGGUAUCGAGGAAAGCGCACGAGCCUGCCCCAGUCAUACCGCCCGAGCUGAAGCCCCAGCUCAAGACGAUCUACGUGUAUUAAUCAUAAUGAUUUCCAAAAACAAACAUCGGGAGUGUAGCAGCAUAAGAUUCAAGCGUGUGCCUCGUCCUAUAGGUGCAACACGAUGAUAAUAGGUAUAAGCUUAAGCAGACAUUAAGGGAGGCCCUAGAUUUCCAUUCCUACUGGGUAGAUGAAGAAUUCGUGUGUUUUGUUGUUGUAAAUUAACUCUCCCUACACACACGCACACUGUUCGCCUACGAACGUCAGUUACGCUCCUCACCACAAUCACACCUAUGUCGAGUAUUCGAGGUUCGCGAAGAGGGGCUGCCGAUAGGGCAAACAUAUCAUAAUUUAAUUUAUUAUCUUUCGGUGCAUUGCAAAUCGCUCCCACCUCCCGGAAUUAAACCCACCAGAUCCCGCAAAACGCAAAACCCAAAACGACAGGAAGUGAAGUUUUCACCAGAACCAAUAUCUUCAUGAGACGCGUCACAGGAGCGCUGUGAUGCAUGAUUUGUUUUUAGUACACAACGACAGAGCCAUUCCUGGCAGAGGAAUUCAAACUAACAAAACCAUCCGCUGACGCUAACUAUCCCCCCCGACAUAUGGGUCUGGUUGAUGAUGAGGAAGGAGGGUGAAUGAUGUGAAUGAGGUGAAAGCGAGGGGGGGGAGGGAAAAGGAUUCGUACGAUAGGUGCGUGAAUUUCGCGUUGAGGUGCUUUGCAGUUGGCAGUGGCUUUUCGGCUCUUUUUUUACUAUCAGACAGACCUUCAACAUUUGUCCGGUGCUAGAAUAUGUUUUAAGUUUUUCAUUCCAAAACUCAACCCUGUGAUCGACACACACACACACACGUCAAUAGUAGUUUGUCCAA